UGAGUUUCCUCUUAAUUGAUAAGCAUCUAUGUAUAUAAUAGCAAUACAAUGAACAGACAACAUGGAAAUUGCUGUCCUCUUCCUGUUUUGAAAGAUACAGGAGUGAUGAAAAUAAGCAAACACUCCCACCUGGAGGGGUCAUGUGUUGUCCUUUGUGAUGAUGUCAUAAGAACUAAGGUAACAAUGAAAGAAAUUCUGGAAGUUUGAAUUUGUACACUGUCUAGCAACCACUUUCAAUUUGUGAGCACUUCAACAAACCUGGAGAAGGUACCAUCUGUUUUACAAUUACUAUAAGUAGGCUUUUGAAUAGGACUGUCAAUUAGAGUCUCCCUUUAAGAAGAAAUAGAACUUAGAUCCUGAAUACAUCUAUAUUCAGAACAAAAGGGAGCAUUCUGCCCUUACACGCUGAUAAUUCUUACAUUUAUAUUGAGACAUUUCUAAAGGCAGUGGAAGCACAAGAGGUGUCAAUGACAGAAGCUGGGGAUGACUGCUCUUUCUAUUUUCAUUCCACCUGUAUAAAGGGAUCAAAGUGUCGAUUCCGUCACUGUGAAAAAGGCAUUGUCAGUGACACUGUGUGCUCAUUAUGGAGAGAGGGAAGAUGUUCCCAUCAACUUUGCAAAUUUAGACAUAUGGAAAUACAGCAAAAAUACAACAGCAUCUCAUGUUUCUGGGAAACACAGCCUUUGGGCUGCAUAAGAAUCAGUUGUGUCUUCCAUCACAGGAAACCUCGUAAUAUAAAUGGACUUUUUUUGCCACCUAGUAGUGAUUCUACACUGCAAAAGGAAGUUGAGGAAGGAAUUUUACCUCUUGACCAAAAUCAAGAUUCCACCAAAGGUCAAGAAAAUACAUUAAGACCUAUUCAUCCACCAUUGAUUAUUACCAUCAAUCUUGAGGAGGAGGAGGAAGAAGAACAGGAGGAGCAAAAUGCAUCUUAUUUAUUAUCAAAGACACCAGAAGACAUAGAAGAAGAAAAGGCAAUAAAAGAGAUGUGUUAUAAAUCAGGAGAAUAUUACAGAAUUCAAACUUCUCAGGAAAUUCACUUAACAAAAAACAAAACUUCAGCGCUGGAGAAUGAACUUUUGAAACCCAUGGAAACUGGGAGAGAUUUACAAGAAGGCAAGGACAUGAGAAACAGAACGUCUAACAGAGGAUGGCUUGAAUGUGAUGGUGUUGCAGUUCCAUCAAAGUUUAAUAUUACUGAGCGGCAAUCAGAGAUAACAACAUCUUUAGACAGUAAGUCUAGAUCUGAUCUUAGCGCCUUUGAAAACGGAGGAGGUGAUUGUUAUUUGCCACAAAGAAGUAUAUUUAUUGGAGCGAUACAAAGCAAAAUGUUCAGUGGAGAAAAAGCAUUUAAUGUGCUGAAGUGUUCAGACAUUAAAGCUAUAAACCAUACUGAAAAUAUAAAGAAGCAUCAUUUUAAAGGCGUCAAGAAAAAGAAAUGGAUAUCCGAGGAAUCAAAAAACAUGCCUAUUCCUUUGACAACAAAAGCAAUGCAUACUUCAAACCCAAAAGGUAAAGGGAAUUCCCAACAAAAUGAUCAAAGCAAGAAUGCUGAGAAUGCUUCUUCUGUUCCUCCUCAGAGAGCCAAUGGGAGGAGCAUAUCCUUGAGUUCUGCAGCAGCUGGAAAGUCACCACAUCUGAACUAUGGUAAAGUUGGUGUUGCCAAAGAAUCCAAGACGAAUUUAUCUACAGAAAAAUGCACUUCAGCAUGUAAUAAACCAGGUUGGAGAAAAAGAGGUCCACAUUUUAAAGUAUAUACUAAAGCUGAAAAAACACAUUCAGAAUCCAGAAGAAAUGGAAGCAGAUAAAAUGGAAACAGAUUUGACAGAGAGGAAAAAGGAAUUGAUAUAUGGAAGUUAUUGCUCUUAUGGUUUACCCUCAAAAGAGUAAAACAAGCUGCAAAUUCAAAUGAUAUGCUUAUCAAGAAACAAAACUGGGAUGCAAGGUGAUAAAAUUAAUAAUCUUAAAUGCAGAAGUACAGAGCUGAUAAAACAUGUGCAUUAAAGUGUCUAAAUGAGG